GAGAGUGUGUGUGGGUCUGUGUGUGAGUUGACUUUACACCUGCUCGGCUGCCUCUGCUUGGACCAUGGAGUUUAGAUGUCUCCUCUUUGUUCUUAUUUCUUCUUCGGUGGUGCUCAUCACUCAAUCUGACACGACCACUAAAGACCCUGACUGGAGUGAUGUCGUCGUGACAAUGGUUGGCAGGGCAGUCACCUUACCCUGUGUUGAUUGGCCUCUCACUGGUUCUGUGAACAUUAAUUGGAAGAUGAAGUCUCCCGGCGUAGACCAUUGGAAACUGGUCCUCUCGGCCAAUGAGAGGCAGCAGUUCUCGGGCGCAGCCUCAAAGGCUUCCAUGCGAUUGGUUGACUCACACUUUCAGGAAACUGGGGACUUCUCUCUGCUGUUCAUCCCCAAAAUGGAGGACAAGGGUCGCUACUCCUGUCUGAUUAAACAGCAAGAGAAGAAACUGAGAGAGAAGAUCAUACUAUUAGCCGUCCUCACAGUCUCUAUGUUUCCUUCAGCCACUCUCCCUCAACACAGCACACUGCGUCUGAUGGCAGAAGUGUCCCCCGCCUCCGCCAUUUCCGAGGUAACCUGGCUGUCGCCCGGCGGGACGCCCCUACGAUUGUCAAGGAGGUCAGGGGGGGUGGUCGCCAAGCUUCCCCAGAUACGCCUCACUGACCAGGGGGUAUACAUCUGCCAGGUGUACCCGAGGGGUAACAGCAGCACCGCUCUGUUCCCCUUCACUGUGGACGUCCUCGUGGAUGGUAUGAAUGUGGCCUCGUUCACCAAUAUAAGCCAUAGUCCUCAGAUCUCUAUGGCCAGUCUCACCCAGACCCCUCUCACCCUUGCCUGCCCUCCGAUGCGGGGAGACUAUGUCCUGCUCUACUGGCAGCCCCCAGACAGCAGAAAGCCCAACGCCACAACCCUGGUCUACGGGUACGACCGCUGGAGGGACCGCACAGAGCAAAGCAAGACUCAUGCCCACCUGAGCCUGGAUGGGCCAUUGUCUACCCCAAAAGAGGGUUUCUUCUCCUUCCUGCUGAGCCCAGGGCUGAACGACGGAGGCCUGUACAUGUGUGAGGUGUUCCUCAAUGACAACGUGUUCAGCCAGAGGACCCUGCUUAGCAUUCUUCAAGUGAAAGCCAGACAUUCUCCAUCAGUCCUGGUUCUGACGUGUCAGUAUACAGAGCGCUCCCAGGUGAAGCGGGUGGUGUGGAGCCACCAGAACCAGAGUCGCACGCUGAAGUGGAGCUCCUCUGGCCCGGGUCGCCUCAGCACCGAGGUCCCCCUGUCCCCCACCCAGGACACGGCUGGGAACUACACCUGCACCAUGCAGCUGAGGAACGGACAGGCGGUCAAGGCUGUUUACACCGUCAUACUGCCCCCUAAAGAGAACACAGCGAGCACUGCUUCUAUCUCUCCUCCUCACCCAGAGAACAACAGUGCCUCCCUCCUUCCCUCCUUCCUCUCUGCUUUAUUACUCCUGGUGCCCCUGGUUGCCGCGGUUGCCGGAGUGUUGCUAUGGAGACAGAAAGACAUUUCUCGCCGCGGUAUUGAACAGUCUCUCUCCCACUACUCUGGGGAAGUGGAGAAUAUCUAUGAGAAUCCUGAGGAUGUCAGACAGACUUCUCCCCAGGGUUCAGUGUACAUGGACCUGAAGCCCAGAGGGGAGGAUGAUGUCUAUAAGGAAUUGGAGGGAUACGAAUCUUGAAGCCUUUGGAGACCUCCACAUCACAGGAUUUAUCAGCAACAGCUUGAAGCAAGAUUAUCUCACCUCUGUUCAGUAUAUGGACAUCUAUACUGCCUUCAAAAAGUAUUCACACCCCUUGACUUUUUCCACAUUUUGUUGUGUUACAGCCUGAA